UCAUAUUGACACAUGCGCAAAUUUGACGCUUCCGACUCAGUUAGUCAAUGUAGAAAAAUGAGAAAAGCUGACGAAUUUUGCACAGUUACACUAGAAUAAUCUUUGGCAUUUUACGUAUAACAAAGAUUUGAAAACAAAUUUGCAGGCAAAAAUGAGUAACUACACAAGAAUGUCUCCUCCAAGCUCCCCAACAUCAUCCACAUUUAGAAAUGGAGACCCAGCACAGAGCAAACAGGAAGCCAGACUGACAGCUACAGCCAAACGACACAAGUAUCUCAGACGAAUAUUGAAGUUUAAACAGAUGGAUUUUGAAUAUGCUGUUUGGCAAAUGAUUUAUCUGUUCAUAUCACCACAGAAAGUAUACAGAAAUUUCCAGUACAGAAAAUAUACAAAAGAUCAGUGGGCCAGAGAUGAUCCAGCAUUUUUAGUUCUACUUAGUUUUUGGCUAGUGGUAUCAUCCAUUGGAUUUUCUUUCACACUUGGUAUCCAUUUCUCUGGAUUUCUGAAACUGAUUUUAUGGGUGGUUUUUGUGGAUUGCAUAGGAGUUGGGUUACUAAUAGCAACUAUUUUCUGGUUAUUGACCAAUAAGUACAUGAUACAGGCUCCUCCGCGAGGACAGGACGUGGAGUGGGGAUAUGCCUUUGAUGUUCACCUCAAUGCUUUCUUUCCUUUGCUUAUGAUUCUACAUUUGUUUCAGUUGGUUUUUCUUGGUUUAAUUAAUGGAGACAGUUAUCUUGGGUUGUUGUUUGGGAACACUUUGUGGCUGGUGGCCCUGACCUAUUACAUUUACAUAACCUUUCUGGGAUACAGCGCACUGCCAUAUCUAAAGAACACCAGGAACUUGUUAUUUCCAUGUAUUGGUGUCAUAUUAGUGUAUAUUCUCUCUCUUAUAUUCAGCUGGAACUUCAGUAGAGGACUGUGUAACUUUUAUAAAUUUAGAGUUAUGUAGUGCAUCCCCAUAAACCAGAGCAUUAACCUGAUCUGUGACAUUCGGAAUUAUUUUUUCCACAAGGAGAAACCAAGUUGUGUGUGUGUUGCGAGGAGAGAAAAAUGAUACACUGCAGAGAAUAUCAAAGUGGAAAUCUAAUAAGGUCCAAGCACCUGUUUUAUAUUUUUAACUUGUGAUUUGUACAUAAUGUGCUUGUUAUGUAGCAGCAGUUUGUUAUGAUUAUUUAUUGACUGUGGUUCAUUUUAUGACAUCAUCUUUACUAUUUUCUGUACUCUGUAUGAUGAGCUGUGUAGCCAACCCUUUGAUAAUUUGUCCACUAACUCAAGCAGCCUGUAACGUGUACAAAUGUCAAUUGGGUCCAAAAACUUGACAACAAAAAUACAGUUGCUUGUUUGUUUAAACAUGAUGUAGAAAUUGUCUUGAUUAUAAAUAAAUGACAAUCUUAUACAU